AUGGCGGGGCCGCGGUGCGUGAACCGGUUUCCGGAGAAGCCGCUGUGCAAGUUCGUCGACGACCUCGCCGCGUCGCCACUCACCUUCCUCGACGCGUCGGCCGGCGAGACCAUCAAACUCGGCGCGUACGACGUUUACCAUGUGAGCCUUACGGGGAGGGAGAAGGAGAAGGAGGGUAGGGGGGCGGGUGACGUCAAGUUCCAUCGCGACCUGCCCGACACCAAGGUGUAUGCGUACGGCACCUCUCGCAACUCGGCGAGUUACCCGGGCCCCGUGCUCGUCGCGAAGCGCGGCGUUACCACCAAGGUGGAAUUCGCGAACAACAUCAACGACAAGGAGCACAUGUUCACCAUCGACCCGACGCUUAUGGCGCCCAAACCUAAAAACGGAGGCGUGCCAAUCUUGGUGCCGAGCCAAUCCGACGGCCAUCCUGAGGCGUGGUACACUGCCAGUGGGGAACACGGACCCACGUUCGAAUCCCAGGAGCACACUUAUCCGAACACGCAGCGCCCGACCAUGCUGUGGUACCACGACCACACAGUUGGCAUGACCGCGCCCAACGUUGCUUCCGGAAUGGCUGGGCUGUACAUUAUUCGCGACCCACAGGGCGAGGAGAGGCGGCUGAAGAAAUGGCUGCCACGUGACGGGCGUCAAUUGCACCUCCUGAUUGCUGACAGGCUGUUUUUCCCGAACGGAUCGAUGAACUAUCCGAACGUGGGGUCUGUGCCCAAGGUUCACCCUAACUGGACGCCGGGUCUUAGAGGGGAUACAAUCGUUGUCAACGGCAAGGUUUGGCCGUACCUCAAGGUUCGGCGAGCGAUGCACCGGAUCCGCAUGGUGAAUGCAGGCAACGCACGAACGUACAACCUGUCCUUCCAGUGCGCCGCUCGUGGCGAUAACAACUUCAACCCCCCUCUUGGCGGACCCGUGCUGCCCUUCUACCUGAUCGGUUCCGACGGUGGCUACCUCGCCCGCCCGCUGCACCGCCUGUCAGUGCUCAUGGCGCCGGGCGUGCGUCACGACCUCCUGGUCGACCUCAACGCCGCACCCAGCUGGUGCCGCGUGGUGAUGCGCUUCAAGAUCAACGAGAAAACGUCCAUCAGAGCACCCGUGCUGCCCAAGAGGCUCUCGCACAUCCCCCCAGUGAACAUCUCCCAGGCAGUGAAGCAGCGCUGGCAGGCGAUAACCAUUCUAGUGGAUAAGGAGCUGAACAAGACCACCUACAUGCUGUUCAAUGGCAAGGGAUACGAGGACCCGGCCACUGAGACGCCCAAAGUGGGCACUUCGGAGCUUUGGCACAUCAUCAACCCGACAUUCGAAACGCACCCCAUCCACCUGCACCUCAUACAGCACCGCCCCAUCUCCCGCCGUCCGUUCAACUCCACCGCGUAUCUCAACGGCUCUUGUUCUUUCGAGCCCUCCUCCCCUUUCAAGCCCAGCUGCUUCACGGGGCCGGCCAGGGCGGUGCCGCAGCAUGAGAGGGGGUGGAAGGACAACACCGUUGCAUUCCCGGAUACUGUUCUCACCAUCUUUGUGCCGUUCAAGGGGCAGGUGAGAUGCGGUGCAGUGUGGUGGAGAGGGACGUUGUAG